CAACGUCAUAGAUAUGACGUCAUAAUAAUAAAUAGGCAUAAUUCCAAAGGGUUUUCGGAUGAGAUAAAACGAAAAAUAAAAAUGUCUCUGAGCGUUAUUUAUAAUUUUACGGAAUCUUGGAUCUUCUGCAAGGAUAAGAACAGAACUAACUGCACAGAACUUUCAAUGCGUAUGGAAACCACGUCUAGUCUAAGUGACACCAUGUUUGUCUUCGAACUGUUCCAAAGUGGCCUGAUAUUUUCAGCCUUAACCGCCGGAUUGGUCAGCAUCUGUCACGUGAUCUAUUGUCGUGCAAUAAUAUGCCGUAAUUCGUCAUUACUGCUGGUACUCAUUUUGACUGGUUUCUGUCAUAUGCUAGUCUGUGUGUACCUGCUUCAGAUCUCUGAGCAGUCGGCAUUGUACGAGAUACCCAAUGGAGGUCAUCAACGGUGCACUGACUACUACCUCCCUGCUACACUUGCAAACACAAUAAUUUUAGCGUCUAUAGUGCAUAAUAUAAUAAGACUGAAUGUGAAAUCAAUGGUUUGCGCAGGGAUCGUUUGGGCAGUUUCUGUUGGAAGUAUAGUUGUCGGAUUGUUAUGUCUCGCGAGAUUACACGAGUUCAGUCCUCCAGUAAUGCAACAGGAGACAUUUGUUUCUCUCGGAAGAUCCAAUGAAACACACCUGGAUGUAUUUUGGUCGGUUUGCAAGAAAGAAGUAUAUGCAGAGAAAAUCCGACUUCUUGCGGAGUACGGACUAAUAUAUAUACCAGUCAUUAUCAUCGUCCUUUUUGCCUGGCAUAGAUCUUUUAAACGGAACAAAGACGCGUCCCUGCUUAGGAUCCGCAUUGUCGAUACCAGCUGCUGUGAUGACGAAACAGACUUGUGUGUCUGCUCAAGACUCGGUCCGACAUUCGUUGCCGUUUUAGCUUAUUCGGCUGUGAUAUUGCUUAUUGCACGUCCGGUGAUGAUUAUGUAUGCGCACGCAACGUCCGGAUACUUCCGGGACAUCCUUCCUAGUCUUCUACACACUGUUAUGUAUUGUUUCAUUUGCUCUGAGUACCUGUCUAGAGCAUUGAGGUACCAGACAAGGUUCAAUGCAGUUGGUUACGUUGCUAAGGACAAAAAGAGAAAAGUCGUUUUGCAUGUUUGAAAAGGGUAACAGUGCCUUUGAAAUCCAAAUAGUUUGACAUUCCGGCGAUUUUGACUACUGAAAAAAUAUAGAAAUGUGUUUUGAACUUAAUAACAUUUAUAGACAUCGUAACUUUCAGGAAUAAAACCUGUUGAAAUGCAUAAACGUCAUCGCAUGUUAAAUGAGAGAACGUAUUGUUAUAAGUCAAUCAUUAGCAAUUCGCUUGUUCAUUGCAAAUGAAACACACAAGUGCAUGGAAGUGAUUGCAACCUAUCCCAAUUUUAACAAAAAUGUGCUAUCUAUUAGUAAGUGACUGUAGCUACUCUCGCAUAUGUAAAUACUCAUUUUUCCCCCAAAAAUAACCGGCGAGAACUGUUAAAUGUACAUUCAUAAAUCCGUAUUUGCAUUCUAAAUAUUGAACGCCGUGAUAUAAUCGUGGUAUCAAUAUGUGCAUGUGUAUAUCACUUAGUUUAGAUAUUUUUCUUUGCUGAAAUCCAUAAGUAUUAAUGUAAGUAUAUUUUGUUUCAUGUUUUGUACAUACAUUGUAUUCUUUUGUCGAAAUGUAUAUAAUGCUGUCACUUAAUUAAUAUAAUAAUGCGCAUUUAUGUUGAGAAAAUUAUAUAUUUAAAGCUGUUUGAUGUUUACAUAUUUUUUCUUUGAAUUUCAAUUUUUCAAUAAAUGUUGAUACGAAAACUCG